GAUUUUCAUUCAUUCAAACAACAAACGGCUGUGUUGUGAUGAUUCUCCAUUUGAUUUCCUAGUUCACCAAAACUACUGCUGGCUAACUUUCAGUUUUCCUCACCUGUUGCCGGUGUUUCUUCUGCCGUGUUCCUCCCGGAAAUAUUUACAAAAUGGACAUCUCGACUAAAAACCGUAGCGACCCGAAGAGAAGAGCAAUGAAGAAAAGACUAAGUUUGUGGGAUAGCUUUUUCAGUAAAGUGCAAAAUGAGUUUGUAAAUUCUACAGCAAACAAUUCUGAAAUUGACUUAUCUUGCUUACAAGACCCUAAACUAUUGAGUGUUGAAGAUGAACAUAAUAACCUUAGGAGAAGCUUACGAGUUGAACAUGGCAUCAAUGAAGAAUCUGAAAUAUCUGAGUCAGAGGCAGAAUGGCAAAUAAAUGAAAAUGGUGAUAAUGCUACUGACUGUGAUAAUAUGUCAGGAGAAGCAUUGGAUGAAUCAGAAUCGGAAAUUCAGAAAACAUCUAAUACCCAACCUAAUCACAAAAAAUUUCAAACUGGUAUUUUCAAGAAACCCACCGAUAAAAACAUAGUAAGCCCUGGUAUGAAAAAAAUUGAAGUUAUGAGAACUAUUUCUACAAAAUUAAAUCAUAAGGCUGAUGCAAAGAAGAACAAAACCAAAGAAAAGAUGAACCAAGACCAUACUACUGAGAAUUUUCUUCAACCCAAGAUUAGAAGGGGAAAAGUUGUUGAAGAACUUCAAAACUCUCCUGAAAACUAUGAGAAAAGGCCUAAGGCACAUGAUUUGAGCACCCAAAUUAUAAGCAACCAUGAAAAGGAGCUAAGCCAGGCUCAAACAUUCAGGGUUCCUGUUGAAAACAGCAGAGCAAAACAACCAUCUGUAGCACUGAUUCGACUCCCAGAAGCAACCAGUCAGUCAAAAACUUGUAGGACUGACCAUGAACUGCAUGAAUCUAACAGCAAUAAUAUAGAUGGACUCGAUGUUGACGGGCAUUCAAGAAGAGAUCCAAGCCAAUCUUCUAUGUUUUCCCCUCAGAACACUAUCUCAGAUGAAGUUAUGACUGAAGACCAGAGGAAGAGAAAACGAGCUCUGCUGGAGAUGUGUAAACAGUACGAUUUAUGGAAACUUCAUAAAGAAAGAAAAUCAGGAAGGCGAGGAUCAAUCUACAUACUUUCGGAUCUAAAUGAAGAGAUCUCAGAUGCAAACCGCAUUGUUCCUGCUCUACCAUCACCAGUGAAAAAUCCUAUCCAAAUCCCAAGACGAUUCACUCUGAAAAAAUGCAAUCCUAGGAAAAAAUUUUCAACAUAAUCGUGUCAAAGCGGGAAGGUUUGUAAUUUAAUGAGUUUUAAUUUGCGUUCUAUUGGUUUUUUUUUUCAAAUUCCGUUAUUUAGAUGAAGUGUCUUAUGUUCAAAUGUAUGGGCGAUUAUUUUUAUGAUGUUCCAAUCAUUUCAGUGUUUUAUGAUGUGUCUAAAUGGGAAGGGGCUGAACUCAAGUGUACAUAAGUCAGGGCGGCAACCAGGAACAUAUCAGCCAUACCAAAUGAAAUACUUUUUGAAUCUUUGAACACAAUGUAUUUAUCUUAUGUUUUAUUUAUUUAAACUACAAAAUAGAUUAAGUGGGUUUUGGCCUUUAA